UGGAAAUGUUUACUUAAGAUUGUUAACCUAAAUUUUUCGGUAUCCUAUUUAGUUUAUUAAUUACGGUUGUUUUAAUUAAGUACAAAAUGGAAACAAAUGCACAGCAAUUUACCACUUUCAAAACGAUCCUGGCUUAUAGUGUGUUUAUCCUUUUAGCACCUAUAACAUCGUUUUUCGUAUCAAAGUAUUUGUUUUUUGAGGGCAUUUUGGGGUUAAAUAAUCUACCCAGCAAUGUGUGGUCUGCAGUUAUAUCCAUAGUGGUGCUCCAUAUAGCCCUUGGAAUGUAUAUUUAUAGGGCCUAUUUUGAAGCAGAUAAGGGCAAACCCGAUGAGAAGAUAGAUUAAGAAUAUUUUAUGUAUUUUGUAUUUAGAUUUCAUGUUUUUAUAUUUACAGUUUGUGAUAAUGUAAUAAAACAGUUUUUUGGUUUCUGGUAGGUCAUAUUGUAAUUUUUUAAGCAUUCCUGGCUCAUGAAUUAAUUAAUAAAAUGGCUGGGACUUCCAU